GGAUCUACGAUCAGGUGGCAGCCCCAAAGGGAAACUGAUUGCUCAGCUCUGCCAGAAACGAAACAAUAACACAAAGUUUUAGCUCGGUUUCAGAGAAUCCAAUAAUCGUAGUGCCUUAACUCCGCAAUGUCCACUCUAAAUCGUCCCAAGUCCCCGCACACGCCCACUGCCAUUAAAAAGGGCGAAAAGGAGGACAGUUUCUGGGACAAAUUCAGCACUUUGGGUCGCAAACGCGGCACUCGCGAAGUGAAGAAAGUCCAGGAGGAGGGAAAAUAUGCCAUCGAUUCACCCGGAUCACCCAGCCAAUAUGACAUCCCGCCGGAGGACUACGCCCUGCGCGAACACGAACAGCGCGCCGUCAUUGAUCCACAGUCCAUCAACGAUCCCGAGGUGAUAAAGCUGCAGCGCAUCCUGGUCGACUGGAUCAACGACGAGCUGGCCGAGCAGCGAAUCAUCGUCCAACAACUAGACGAGGACAUGUACGACGGCCAGGUGCUGCACAAGCUCUGGGAGAAGCUCACUGGCAAGAAGCUGGACGUACCGGAAGUCACUCAAUCGGAACAGGGUCAGCACGAAAAGCUCAACAUUGUUCUGAAGGCCGUUAAUCAUACACUCGGCUUUCACCAGAAGAUCCCCAAGUGGUCGGUGGCCAGCGUUCACUCGAAGAACAUCGUGGCCAUCCUGCAUCUUCUGGUGGCUUUGGUUCGCCAUUUCCGGGCACCGGUUCGCCUGCCGGAAAACGUGUUUGUGACCGUUGUGAUUGCGGAAAAGAACGCGGGCGUGCUGAAUGCGCAGAAGUUUCAGGAACAGAUAACAUCCGAGUACGAUGACCUGGGAAUGCGAUGUGAAAAGGACGCCUUCGACACGCUGAUCGAUUGUGCGCCCGACAAGCUGGCCGUGGUGAAGAAGUCCCUAAUUACGUUUGUUAACAAGCACCUGGCCAAGCUGAAUUUCGAGAUCAGCGACCUGAACACGGACUUUCGUGACGGCGUCUAUCUUUGCCUGCUGAUGGGACUGCUCGGCGGCUUUUUUGUGCCCCUGCAUGAGUUCCAUUUGACGCCGCAGGACGUCGAUCAGAUGGUCAGCAACGUGGCAUUCGCCUUCGACCUCAUGCAGGAUGUAGGCUUGCCCAAGCCAAAGGCUCGCCCGGAGGACAUUGUCAACAUGGAUCUGAAGUCCACCCUGCGCGUCCUUUACAGCCUGUUCACCAUGUUCAGGGACUAUGCCUGAAUGCCAAGAGGAGUCACUUAGCCAGAGGAGCAAGAGUCGGCGCCAAUUUUACAUUUUAUAUUAACUUUUUUGUAAUGUUUACACGCUUAAUUUAUGUGCGUUCCAAAGCUGGUCGUAAACGGUGCCGCGACUGAAAAAUAAGAAACUAUUUUACACGUAUGCACUCUCGAAACCAUAUUUUUUUAACGCUGCACAAACAGCCGCUGCAUCGUUUGCAAUCCGUUUUAGGGAAAGUUUUAUAUACAUAUUAUAAAAUAUUUAUAUUUAUGUGUCGUACGUCUAACCACUGCAGGCUGCUCUCGGAUGCAGUUUUUCCAGAGCAGGGCAGAAAAUAGCUAACCCAAAACCCGGCGGCCAGUUGUUAACUUGUCUUACUCACGUGCCAGACGUAGUAGUUGUUACUAAGUGAAUUUAAUGUAUUAAUAUUACACAAUAACCAAAAUUGUGCCUUUACGUAAAUGAAAAACACAGAGCUUUUGCGAAAUUUGUCACAGAUCAGAUAACCAAACCUAUAAAUGUAGAAGUGUACGGAAAAGUCUUCAAAAAAUUGUAUUGUGUAUGUUGAAUAUUUGGAUUAGAAAAAUUAAUAAAUAUUGCCAAUAGCA